CACACACAAACCGGUUUGGCAGUACAGUGGUAGGUAAUUUCCUGAUUUACAUUCUUAACUCUCAUUUCCUGUAAGAGGCGCGAGCAGGAAGCAGCUCCUCCGCGCGCGCCGUACAGGUGACACCGACACACCUGAGACAGCAGUGUGGAGAACUGGAAGAGAGUAACCCCUGUGCGAUGGCGUCGUGUUCAGAAACACCCUGUCCUCAUCUCAGCCUUCCGGUCGAGAUGGACGAGUUGAUGACAUCAUCGUCUCUGAACUUGGCCUGGCCGGCGUGUCAGAAGUGUUCGGCGCGUGGUGAUGACAGCGUGGUUAAUGACGAGCGACGGGUCGAAUGCCCAGAUGCCUGUUUGAGAGGUCAUGCUUUGGGGUUAAAGGUCAACGGGCCUGCACUUCCUGUAGCCACGCCCACCGAGCUGGGUGCAUCACGCAUACACUAUCUCCAGCGUGCACUGGGAGGUGCGGUCCGGCUCCCCCGGCUCCCCCUAGAGAACGUCUCAGAGAUGUUCCCUGAAGCAGGUUCCGGAGUGGAACACCAGCGGAACGUUCCGAGCGAGGAUGAGGAGAGUCUGGAGCAGCCUCUUCCUCUCCGCUCCGACGUGGGAGAGAGUGAGCACCGGAUCGUUCGACCUGGACUGACACGUUCACCUGUCUAUGCUGUAGAUCCUCAAUGCCCCAGAUGUCCACCUCCACCUGUAAACGUGCCAAUGCCACACAUGCGUGAACCCCAGAUGCACAUGCAAGCCAGGCCGAUGCACCUCAGACCUGCGGUUCCCAUGGCAACGCCCCAGGCCACCACCGGUGCAAGAGACACACCUGAAGUGAUGACGGAGAUGUGCGUUCUUCCCUCUCAGCCAAUCAGGACGGGCCGUGCACAGGCACAGGAAGUGAGGCGCACCAUCAGUCUCCCCGACGACUGCCGAACCGUUUUCGUCACGUAUUCGGUGGACGUGGCGGAGGAGAUCUUUCCGUUUGUGACGUUUUUGAUAAAUCAAGGCUUCAGACCUGCUAUCGAUAUUUUCGAUAACGCCGUGCGGCAGAUGGACAUGAACAAGUGGAUGGACAGCUACUUAAAAGACAAAUCGGUUCUGAUCAUCAUGGUCAUCAGUCCGAAAUACAAGAUUGACAUCGAGGGCGACGGAUCGGACCAACACGGCCUGCACACCAAAUACAUACACAGUCAGCUGCAGAACGAGUUUAUCCAGCAGCGCUGUCUGAAUUUCAGACUCGUCCCUGUUCUCUUCCCCAACGCUAACCAGAGUCAUGUCCCGUUGUGGUUACAGAGCACGCGUGUGUUUCGGUGGCCUCACGAUGCUCAGGAUCUGCUGCUGCGUUUACUGAGAGAGGAGAGAUACAUCGCUCCCCCGCUUGGCCGUGACCUCACACUCAGCAUCAGACCACUCUGAUACACACACACACACACACACACUCAUUACCAUUAGAAAAUUCUCUAUAUAUAAGGUGA